AUUUUAAUUAGACUAUCCCUCGAAUCUUUCUCUAUUCGAUGGCCAAUCGUGCGACUUGAAAACAAACACAACCUACAAAAAUAAUUGCGCGAAAUAAGAUUUCCCGCGUAUAUAUGUAUAUGACAUCGUGCGUGUAAACAAUAACUUGAAGUAGUUUUGAAAAUAAUUUUAUAACGUAUAUUGAUGCGGUGAAAGAUGAAUAUAACAAAUGCUGUUCAAAGACGAGAACGUGGAUUUGGAUUGAUACAUGAUUAUGACAUCGCUCUUUAUCGCUUGAAAUGUCACUCUGAUGAUCUUUAUCGUGGAGUAGCACCAAAUGUAAAUGCUCCUGAUUAUAAUCCUGAGCCACCAGUGUUUGCAUGCCGUUUUUGCACCACGCCAGGAUACGAGGAAGUGCUCGCUUUAGCAAACGAAGAUGGAAAAAUUGCCAUUCAAGAUACAAAAAUUAAACAAAACUCUAAUCAACCAUUGGGAGGAACACAGGCACAUUGUAACGCUAUCUUUGAUAUUGCAUGGAUGCCUGGGGAAUUAAAACUGGUUACAGCAUCAGGAGAUCAUACAGCACGUUUAUUGGAUGUUUCUAGACCUGAAAUAAAAGAAAUUAAUUGUUUUCAUGCACACACGCGAAGUGUAAAAACAGCAGUGUUUCGUUAUCAGGACAAAGCGGUCUUUGCAACGGGUGCCAGAGAUGGCUUUAUUAUGAUAUGGGAUAUUAGAGCCAACCAUACCGAUCAACCUAAGCCAGAUAACUGCAUUGCUAAUGCACACAGUAUUGUUACUACAGGCCAUACGAAACGGAAGGCAUAUAGUCGAGCGCAAAGUAUUACUGGUUUAGUAUUCCAAGAUGAUUUUACAUUACUCUCAUGUGCUGCAGGCGAUGGUUUAAUAAAGGUGUGGGAUUUGCGGAAGAAUUACACUGUCCACAAGAAAGAACCAGCAGCAAAGCAUCUGAUGAAUUACGCGGGAAAUAGUACUAGGAACGGCUUCUCUUCGUUGUUGAUAUGUCCAGCUAGAAUUACAUUGUAUGCAAGUUGCAUGGAUAAUAUUGUAUAUGCUUAUAACAUAUCGUCAUAUAAUCGCAAACCAGUGGCAGAAUAUUAUGGUCAUCAAAAUCGUACAUACUAUGUAAAGACUUGUUUGAGUUCUGAUGGCCGCUAUCUUGCCAGUGGAUCUAGUGAUGAAUUGGCGUAUAUUUGGCACACUAAUAGACCGGGAAUACCAUUAGUUAAACUUUGCGGCCACACAGAAGAGGUGACUUGUAUUGCAUGGUGUAGUGUUGGCGAAACUAAGAUAGUAACUUGCUCUGAUGAUUCUCGCCACAGAAUAUGGAAGGUUGGUUUGGAACACGAAAUAGAAAACGAAGAAAUAAAAAUAUGUGGCCGAGCCGAAAUUGUAGAAAAAUAUUCAUUAGAAAAUAUGAAAAUAGAAACUACCCCAACUACUUCUCGACGUUCGAUCACCUAUCAUGAAACUACACCAAGUUCAGAUAACACUUCAGUUGCAACUCCAGAAUCUAGUAAUGAAGACUAUCAGAGAGACAAGCACAUUCCUGUUAAACGUAGUUACCUGCAAAUGACAAUGGGCUCGAGAUCUGAGGGAAAACGAAAAUAUAUCUUAUCUCCUAUUCAUGAAAAUCACGAGAGUAUCGCAAAACGAGUUCAUACAGAUAAUCGUGGUAUGCGAAGGCUAUUUAGUUCUGGCGUCGAAACUGCUACUACUUCGAACAGAGACUACGAUUCGGAUGAGCCCAGCACAAGCCAAUUUAUUCCAAACAGGACUGAAGAAACUCCUUUCUCGCCUACAUCAAACUUGCCAAAUUUUGUGAUAGACGGUACAGCGCCGCAUUUGUUAGAGAUUUCACCACAAAAAUACAAGGAGAAUGUUGAUUGGUUGACAAAAAUUAGAAAAGAAAGAUAUGAACAGAGCAAGAGUCAAGAAUCAAUUCCGUCUACUCCUAAGACUCAAGUGACUCCCAGUGGAAGAAGAUCCAAGAGGUCGCGAUCGACUGAACCUCAAAAAGUGACAAAACCAACAAAAAGUGUUUCUUUAUUAAACUUUUUCAAAGUUACGAGUAAGGAUUGCGAAAAGAAUUCUUGUUCGGAAAAUAGUAGUAUUAUACCAUCAUCGAAUAUAUCUUAAAAAGAUAAAUGACAAUAGAAUAGAUAGAAAUUAUAAUAGAUUCACGAUUUUGGAAUUCUUUUUCUAUCUAUUAUCUUGCAGUCUGCAGAGAUCCCGGUUAUUAUAAUAUUUAAAGUAUUGUCUUAUUUAAGCCAAAUCUCGUUACAAAAGAAUUUUUAAAUAUAGAUGACCUUCAGGGGCCUUUGAAACAUUA